AUGAUUGAUCCACGAUCACUCAAUGAUGCGACUCCAUUGCAUUGUGCGGCUCUUGCUGGACACCAGCUUGUGGUUAAGCACCUUAUUCAGAGGGGCGCUGACGUGAAUGCGAGGAUGAAAGGAGACUUGACACCGCUUCAUCUGGCUGCCUUCUGCUCACAUCGUCCGGUUUCGCAAACUCUAAUAGAAGCGGGUGCUGAUACUGAAGCGAAAGAUGUAGCACUUCUUUUGAAAUCCGGAGCGAAAGUGGAUAAACCAGAUUUGCGCGGCCGAAAUGUGCUUCAUCUUGCUGCUCUUUCUGGUUCUAGCUCUGUUGUUAAGUUAUUUGUACAUAUGGAAGAUCUCGUGGAAAUCCCGACGUCUGGUGUUCACCAAGGCAUAACACCCGUUCAUUUAGCUGCAAUGCGCAAUAUGGUCAAGCCUCUUGUCAGUCUUGCGAAAGAAAUUAAGAAAAGGGUUGAGACGGCGACGAAGAAGAAUGGAGCUCUGGAUAGGCCGUUAUUCACUUGUACGGAUGUGAAAAAUCGCAUACCUCUACACUAUGCUAUGAAAUACGGUUACAUCGAACCGAUGACUGUUCUGUUGAGCCAGUCGAGUGCUGAAGUCUGCCUGAGUUGGCGUGAUAGAGAUGACUUUACGCCACUUCACUUUGCAGCUGCAAAUGGUAGAAACAAUUGUCUUGAAUGGGUCUUAGAGAGAUUUCCUGGAAUCAGUGUGAAUCGGAAAGACUCAAGAGGAAGGACGUGCGGUAUGUUAUCACUGACUGCAAAAUCUGGGCCAUGCUGGCCACUUAUCCUAAGGAGCAACCUAGAACAACGUGACAGUAUGGGUCGCGGUUAUCUACACCGUGCUGCCUACUUGCGUAACCGAAAAGUACUUUUAAAGGUUUUGGAAAAGUGCAAUCCUAAUACACGAGACAUUAAUGGAGUGACACCUCUUCACGUUGCAGCUGCAAUUGGCGAACAGGAUACAGUGGCCACCCUUUUGGAGUUCGGGGCGAAUCCUCUUGUGAAGGACAAUCGAGGUUUUACCCCUGUAGACUGGGCGGCGGCAUACAACCAGGAUUACCGGUUGCGCAAUCUACAUAUUUUUGCAGCAUCGACAGCUCCUGGUAAACGAAUCGACGAUGCUGAACUUUGCGGCUUUGCUGGGUUGCUUUUUGCAGCGUAUUUUGGAAACCUUUCAUGUGUUACAUAUCUUUUAGAGAGAUAUCCACAACUUACCUCGGUCCGUGAUCCUCUCGGAAGAACUGCGCUUCAUUUGGCGGCGUGGCGUGGGGAUUACGACUGUGUUGAAUAUCUAAUAGAAUUUCUACUUGAUUGUGGCGCAGAUGUUUCUAAAAAGGACAAGGAUAACAAUACAGUGCUACAUCAUAGUUGUUUGAGUAAAAACGAGGAAGCAGGCAAGGUGUUAACCCGUCAUCUAGCACAGUUUGAUUCUGAACGAAAGCUUUGCAAUGCUAUCAAUGGGAAUGGCGAAACGGUCCUGCAUAUUGCACUCAGUAAUGGAUUAAUUGAGUUCCUGCUUGGUUUCAUUCCAUUCGGAAGCGAGUCAAUGUGGAUCAAGGAUUCUAGGGGCCGAAUUCCUCUAAUGUGCGGUGUCGAAGAUCAAGACAUCAUUGACUGCAUGCAUUUGGUGCUGGCCUGUAUGGCAGAAUCGCCUACAGAGAUUUCUUCGCUUUUACCCACUGACCAUCGCCAAAGUUUGUUGCAUUUACAGGGUUUUAUGGUAUUUGCUGGGCGGUCUCUUCCCGAUGAGGUGGAGAUGUAUUCUGUCGGUGUACGAGCAGCAUCUACUCUUAAACUAGUUGUAGUUGCCAAAUCGGGUCCGUUAACUGGACGAGAACGAGAUGAGCAGCUAAUGCCUAGUGACGAAGUGAGCGAUCAUGAGUACAGACGACGUAGCCAUAGGGGAUGUAGUGCAGCCGAAGAUACAAGUGCUAAGGAAAGCAGUGCUGGUGAGACCGAAAAGGAACUUGACAUGGAUGACGAGAAGAAAUUAACUCGAGUCGCUGCUGCAUCUGGAACCUGCGGUUUCAGACAUGCACGUCGCAAUCGGACUAACAGUCAAGGGAAUGCUAAAGAUUUUCUUGGAGCGUAUGAAGAAUGUGCACCGUUGCUCAGUGCAGAAGAUUCACAAACAAUCGGUGAAUCUACUUCGUUCGGUACACUUACAAUGACAUUGGAUAAAUUUCGGAAUCUACGAAUUCAGUCCCCAAUCGGUGAAGAGGUGCUCUCUGAAGACCCGUCGGAGCUUUCGUCUGGUAUGAUUGUCUGUGAUCUCACAAACGAAUUUAGGAAACAAAAGGUGCGACGCCACCGACACGCCCCGGCUCCGUCAACCUGUCGCCAGAGGGCGCGAAGCAAGCCCCGUGUCACUCAUCGUGAACGUUCGUCAUCUGAUGACAAUGAGAAUAGCCAAACCGAGCCAGUCUUAUUUGCAUUACCACUUCGUCGUGGUGUAUCGGCGAGAUCAGUACGGACGGUUGCUUUUCGUGGCGGAGCAGCCCGAUGUAGUGUCUGCGCUUUUCGAAUAAAUAGUGCUUUCAAUUGCAGGUGUGGAAAAACAUUGUGCUCCCGGCAUCGGGCCGCUCAGUCUCACACUUGCUCGAAAAUUCGUACAAAAAUGCAACAAGUUAGCGAUUGA